AGAGUGUGAGUGUGGAAGACAGAGAGAUAGAGAGAGAUAGAGAGAGAGAGAGCUUUGUGAAUGACAACAGAGAGUGAGUGGAUCAGGGUAAUAGGAAUCUGUUAUCACUGUUAAUUUUCCAGCCCUUUAAAAUCCAAGUGGGGAACAAGAAGGGGAGAAAAAAAAUCUAUGUGACCUCUCCACACACACAAAAAUAAUAAUAAUAAUAAUAAAGGCAACUGAAGGAGACAAGGCGCCUCUGACAGAUCUCUUGGUGGAGCAAUAAGCGUGGGAAUCAGUAAGUGAGACCGACUUCCGAGCGCGCUGUGGGUUUCCCGCGCUCGUUAUGUUGGACAAAAUCUCCGACCGCUCGUAGAAGCAGUAGAGAGGCCGAAAGCACAUCCGAACGCCCCGGUGACGUAAAACGGAGCCAUGGAAACGAACGAGUUCCAGGUCAAGCAAUUGCACCCCAACGUCAUAUCGGUUCGGCUGCUCAAGCGCAGAGUGGGCGGCCUGGGGUUUCUGGUGAAACAGCGCGUGUGCAAGCCCCCAGUCAUCAUCUCGGACCUCAUUCGCGGUGGGCCGGCAGAGGAGAGCGGUUUGGUGCAAGUCGGGGACAUUGUCCUGGCCGCCAACGCCAGACCUCUGGUGGACGUGACGUACGAGAAGGCCCUGGAGAUCCUCAGGGAUAUAUCCCUGGAGACCUUCGUGGUGUUGAUACUCAGAGGCCCUGAAGGCUUCACCACUCAUCUGGAGACCACCUUCGCCAGCGAUGGGACACCCAGGACAAUUCGCGUGACCAAACCUCUGGCCCCCUCAGCCAAACCGAAUCCCUCCUCCACCGAGAUCUUGACACAUGCCAGUCCCUCAGUGCAGGCCGAUAGGACGGAGUUACCCCCGGCCAAUGCUGGCUCUUCGAGCGGAAGCCAGGGAGAUUCACUCAACUCUGUGCUCAACGGGGCAGCCAAGGCCACCAACGACAUCCUCCAAGAGAUCGAGCCUGUCAUGAACCUGCUGAAGUACGGCGGUGGUGGUGGUGGUGGUGAUGGUGAUGGUGAUGGUGGGCAGGAUGGGGUGACUGACGUCAAGCCGGAGACCCGCGACGUUGAGGUUCAGGUGGACAGGAAUGAACUGGACAAUGAUUGCCUUCCCCUCCAAUCUAACCACGACAGAGUGUCUCACGAUGCAUGGAGAGACGAGAAUGUGCCAAAGGCCCUUCCAAACCCUUGUUCAGAACAGGCCGUCUCGCCUGGGGCAAUGUCACCUGGCAAGACGUCACUUAACGGAAGCCCAUCCAAAUGCCCUCGUUUUACCAAGAUAAAGAACUGGGAAAUGGGGACGGUCCUGCACGAUACGUUGCACCAGGAAUCAGGACAGCCAGCUGUCUGUACCGAGCAGAUCUGCAUGGGCUCCAUCAUGAUGCCGUCGCAAACCGUGCGCAAGGCGGAUGAAGCCCGCUCGAAGGAAGAGCUGCUCCCACUCGCGACCGACUUCAUCAACCAGUACUACACGUCCUUCAAAAGGUAUGGAUCCAAGGCCCACAUUGAGAGGAUGGAGGAGGUGACCAAAGAGAUCGAGGUCACCGGCAAUUACCAGCUUAAAGACACGGAGCUGAUAUACGGGGCUAAACAUGCCUGGAGAAAUGCUGCCCGCUGUGUGGGGAGGAUCCAGUGGUCAAAACUACAGGUCUUCGAUGCUCGGGACUGUAGCACAGCUCACGGGAUGUUUAACUACAUCUGUAAUCACAUCAAAUAUGCAACUAACAAAGGCAAUCUCAGGUCUGCUAUCACAAUAUUCCCGCAGCGAACGGACGUAAAGAACGAUUUCAGGAUCUGGAAUAACCAGCUGAUCCGAUACGCUGGGUAUAAAACAAACAACGGCUCCAUCAUCGGAGACCCGGCGUCUGUGGAGCUGACCGAGAUCUGUUUGCAGCAAGGUUGGAAAGGUUUGAAAGGCCGCUUCGAUGUGCUGCCUCUGUUGCUUCAAGCCAACGGAAAGGACCCCGAGCUCUUUGAGAUCCCGUCAGAACUGAUCCUGGAAGUUCCCAUCAGGCAUCCCAAAUUCGAGUGGUUUAAGGACCUGAACCUGAAGUGGUACAGCCUCCCGGCCGUUUCGAACAUGCUCCUGGAGAUCGGAGGCCUGGAGUUCACCGCUUGCCCCUUCAGUGGCUGGUACAUGGGCACCGAAAUCGGAGUGCGAGAUUUCUGCGACACUUCCCGUUACCGGGUACUCGAGGACGUGGCGAGGCUAAUGGGAUUGGACACGAGAAAAACGUCUUCCCUUUGGAAAGAUCAAGCGUUGGUGGAAAUAAACAUUGCGGUCUUGUACAGUUUUCAGUCCGACAAGGUGACAAUUGUGGAUCAUCAUUCGGUGACCGAGUCCUUCAUGAAGCACUUGGAGAAUGAACACAGACUACGCGGAGGGUGCCCGGCCGACUGGGUGUGGAUUGUACCUCCCAUGUCAGGGAGCAUCACCCCCGUUUUCCAUCAGGAAAUGUUGAACUAUCAUCUCAGCCCAUCGUUCGAAUAUCAGGCAGAUCCGUGGAACACUUACGUGUGGAAAGGUGUCAAUGGGACGCCCACCAAGAAGAGAACCAUUGGAUUCAAAAAGUUGGCAAAGGCUGUCAAGUUCUCCGCGAAGUUGAUGGGACAAGCGAUGGCGAAGAGAGUGAAAGCCACCAUUCUGUACGCCACGGAAACGGGAAAGUCCCACGCCUACGCCAAGACGCUGUGCGAGAUAUUCAAGCACGCUUUCGAUGCGAAGGUGAUAGGCAUGGAUGACUACGACAUUGUGCACUUGGAACACGAAGCUCUGGUGUUGGUAGUCACGAGCACCUUUGGGAACGGGGAUCCACCAGAGAAUGGAGAGAAAUUCGGGUCGAUCCUGAUGGAAAUGAGAAACCGCAACUCCAACUCCGAAGAAAGAAAGAGCUACAAAAUCCGAUUUAAUAGUGUAUCCUCGUACUCAGAUGCUGGCAAAUCUUCCAGCGAUGAGCUUGGAAGCAAAGACAACUUGGAAAGUACUGGGCCCUUAGCCAACAUGAGAUUUUCGGUCUUCGGGCUGGGCUCGCGAGCCUACCCCCAUUUCUGCGCCUUCGCUCGGGCCAUCGACACGUUGCUGGACGAGCUGGGAGGGGAGCGGAUGCAGAAGAUGGGAGAGGGGGACGAGCUCUGUGGACAGGAGGAGUCAUUCAGAACCUGGGCCAAGAAAGUCUUCAAGGCAGCGUGCGACGUGUUCUGCGUGGGAGACGACGUCAACAUUGAGAAAGCCAACGACUCCCUCAUAAGCAACGAUCGCAGCUGGAAACGAGACAAAUUCCGUCUGACCUACGAGGCAGAGGCACCGGAUCUCACGGAAGCGCUCUACAGUAUCCACAAAAAGAACGUGUUCGCUGCCAAACUGCUGUCCCGCCAUAACUUGCAAAAUCCCAAAUCCAGCCGUUCGACAAUUUUGCUCCGCAUACAUACACACCAUCUCGCCGAGCUGAAGUAUCAGCCUGGAGACCAUCUGGGCAUCUUUCCUGGCAACCACGAAGAUCUAGUCAAUGCCUUGAUCGACCGAUUGGACGACGCACCACCUUUUAACCAGAUUAUUAAGGUGGAGCUUCUGGAGGAGAGAAACACUGCUUUAGGUGUUAUUAGUAACUGGAACGAUGAAAAACGCAUCCCCCCAUGCACCAUUUUUCAAGCCUUUAAGUGUUACCUGGAUAUCACAACGCCACCAAAUCCCCUCUUACUGCAGCAGUUAACUCUCCUGGCGACGAACGACUUUCAAAGGAAGAGACUUGAGGUCCUCAGUGAGGGUCUGCAGGAGUACGAGGAGUGGAAGUGGAGCAAGAACCCGACGGUGGUGGAGGUUCUGGAGGAGUUCUCCUCGGUCCAGGUCCCGGCCACGCUGCUCCUGACUCAGCUCCCGCUCCUCCAGCCUCGCUACUACUCCAUCAGCUCCUCUCCUGACCUGCACCCGGGCGAGAUCCACCUGACUGUGGCCGUGGUCUCCUAUCGAACCAGAGACGGGGAAGGACCUUUGCAUCAUGGAGUCUGCUCAUCCUGGCUUAACAGAAUUGACCCAGAUGAGAUUCUUCCGUGCUUUGUGAGAGGGGCGCCAAGUUUCAGGAUGCCGACAGACCCCACAGUUCCCUGUAUCCUGAUCGGACCAGGGACUGGAAUCGCCCCGUUCCGAAGCUUCUGGCAGCAGCGACUCCAUGAAAUAGAGCAAAAAGAGAUAAAACCGAGUCCCAUGACGCUGGUGUUUGGCUGUCGGCAAUCGAAAAUUGACCACAUCUACAGAGAGGAAGCGAUUCAGGCAAAGCAGAAAGGAGUCUUUGAAGAGCUCCACACAGCUUACUCACGUGAGCCAGAAAAACCAAAGAAAUACGUGCAGGACAUCUUGCGUGAACAACUCGCCGGGCAAAUGUACCGCCUACUGAAAGAGCAAAGAGGACACGUGUAUGUGUGUGGGGACGUCACGAUGGCGGGUGAUGUUUUCAAGACAAUUCAACACAUCGUCAAAGACCACGAGAAUAUAUCACUGGAGAACGCCGGGACCUUCCUCAGUAAACUACGAGACGAAAACCGUUAUCACGAAGACAUUUUCGGAGUCACCCUGCGUACGUAUGAAGUUACCAACCGCCUUCGAUCGGAAUCCAUCGCUUUUAUUGAAGAAAGCAAAAAGGACAUCGAUGAGGUGUUCUCUGCCUGACCGGUCUGUACAGAAAGUUUCAGUGCUGCCUUCCACAAAGAACCUUCAUUCAGGCCCGAGCGCUUUACCGCUGAAUGACACGCGCGCGCGCAAAAAAAAAAAGACAAGACAAGACAGGACAGAGAUGCCAUGACGUUCCGGGAAGGCUCGUUCGGAUGGUUUUAUAGCAUCGGAACACAGCUCUCCGUAUUUUUUACGCACCUCACCCCAAGGCGGAAGGGAUGGCUUUGUAAUCUGUCGUAUUGUGUGGCUAUCGUUGUGUGUCUCUCUCUCUCUCUCUUUCUCUCUGUCUCGCUCUCUGUCUCUCUGUUGGUAAAGGAAUGCUGCUUUCCUCCGAACAAGGUUUUAUUUUAGAUUUUCAGGCGUUGAAACGAACAGCGAUCGAUCUGCUUGUGGCAUGAAACCCAACGCCAGGGCCAAACUUUCUUGACUUGCUAAUUUUAAGGGACUCUUUUUAUAUAUAAAAAAACACACGCACGCGCACACGCAAACAUUGCGAGAUAUUGUUCGCCGAAGAAAACCAUUGACUGGGGUGGUGUGGGGGGGUGGGGGGAGAGGGAAGCGAGGAGAAGGGAAUUAGACAGGUACUUUAAAGGAAACAUCUUCAGGGCUUACGGGGGUAAGAGCGGGGGAGUGGGACUUAAUUGGGCAGCUCUCCCAAAGAAGCCGUCACAGGCACGAUAGGCCGAAUGGCCUCCUUCUGUGCUGUAAGAUUCUACGAGGGGCACACGACGUGAUCUAUUCACGUGAUAGCGUAGCCCUGCGAUUCAAUUGGCGGCGAUGGGAGAGAUCGUGGUCGAUCCACAGACAGGAGGAGAGGAAUAUUCAAAGGCUCCGAGACAUUUGUAAGGCUCAAAGUGACUGGCCCAAAGGCCGGGCGUAGUCUACAUGUCCUGGCCGACAAUCCCCCAAAUAGAGUCAGUCAUUCUCUUCGCGGCUGUUUGAGGACACUGUGUAAAUUAUCGCCUCCCCCCCCCACACCCAAAACAAAAAACGGUCACUCCAAUGAGGCACUGCCCUGUGAAGCUCUUUGGGACGUCUUCUUAGCGAGUGAAAGGAGCUGCACCAAAUGUAAUAGAUUAUUAUCAUCAUUGAAUAAAAUUCAUGGCCUUUGCUUUGCGCAAUGUUAACAACAAACAACGUCCUCGGGAGGACGUCCCUGGAACAGACGCUGGACAGACAGAGUUAGG